CACCCAUACUCAAAUACUUGAGUCCGAUUAAUCUUGACACUCCCCCAUAGCCGUUCUCCACUUCCAGAUCCACUGAGAGCUGAGUCCACUCGGAAAAAUGGACUCGUCGUCUUCAUCUUCUUCCUCCACCUCUUCAACCUCCGCUCUCAACCUAGCCAUGGCCGCCUUAGUCGGCGCCUCCCUCAUGGCCGUCUCCGCCUUCUACAUCCACAAACGCAGCGUCGACCAAGUCAUCGACCGCCUCAUCGAGAUCCGCCGCAAGCCGCCGUCUCGCGUCCGCUCCGAAGCCGCCGCCGACGACGACGAAGAAGAAGAAGACGAUCAAGAGCAGCAGCUGCACCGAGGGUUUGGCUCUGACCGCGACACCGUGAUCGAUCGGAAAACGACGCCGUCCAGGUCCUUGGAUGAGAAAUCGAUUCACUCUUACAGAAUCUCAUCCUCGCUGCCCAAUGCCGAUAUGAGAAGCGGCGGUUUGAUCGACGAGGACGCCAAGUUUGAUCCGCUCUCGAAUUAUCGAGCUCCUAGGUUUUCUUCUUCGGCUGACAGGCUUAAUUUCAUUCCCUCUGGCCUUCCGCCGCUCCGAACCGACCAAACACACGAGUCUCAGCCAGUCAGUUCCACUACAAGGAUGGCUACGUCUAUGUCUGUUGGGAGGCUGACGACUCCGAGAUCUCACGCCGGACGUGUGGAUGAUUCCGAUGAGGAGGGAACUGAGUAUGCAAAUGAAGAUGAUUCUCCUUUCAACUAUGAGAAUGGAGAUGCAAAUGACAAUUCAGUUUACCAAAAUGAAGUGCUGCGUACAAGUAACUUUAUACAAGAGGUAGAUGGAGCUUCAGCACAGAUGGGGAGGAAUGACCCCUCUCUUGCAAGAAUUCUUUCACCGUUAAGUGCACCAAUGAAUGAGUCAAUAACCAAAGAGGAUGAAGAAGUACACAGGAUGAUUCGAGAUUGCUUGGAUCUGCGUAAGAAGUACCUUUACCGGGAAAAUGUUGUUCCAUGGAGGGUAGCCAGGCCAGACUCAUCAGAGAAGAAAAGCAACCCAUAUCAUUUUGAACCUGUUAAAGCAUCAGCUCACUGCUUUAGGAUGGAGGACGGUGUCAUACAUGUUUAUGCAAGUGAAAAUGACUCUGAAGAGAUCUACCCUGUUGCAAGUGCAACAACAUUUUUCACUGAUCUCCAUUAUCUUCUUAAAGUUGUGUCUAUCGGAAAUGUUCGCUCUGUAUGCCAUCAUAGGUUAAGAUUUCUUGACGAGAAAUACCGCGUACAUCAUUUACUAAAUGAGGGGGAGGAGUUUUUAGCUCAGAAGGGUGCACCCCACCGUGAUUUUUAUAAUGUUAGAAAAGUUGAUACACAUGUGCAUCACUCUGCUUGCAUGAACCAGAAGCAUCUUCUGAACUUCAUCAAGUCAAAACUGAAAAAAGAACCUGAUGAGGUUGUCAUAUUCAGAGAUGGAAAAUAUCUUACACUUAAGGAAGUUUUUGAGAGUUUGGACUUGACAGGGUAUGAUCUGAAUGUUGACUUAUUGGAUGUUCAUGCGGAUAAGACUACUUUUCAUCGAUUUGACAAGUUCAACCUAAAGUAUAAUCCAUGUGGACAGAGCAGACUCAGAGAGAUAUUCUUAAAGCAAGACAAUCUUAUCCAAGGACGAUUUCUAGCAGAAGUAACAAAGGAAGUUUUGUCAGAUCUUGAAGCCAUGAAAUACCAGAUGGCAGAGUACAGGAUUUCAGUUUAUGGAAGAAAACAAAGUGAGUGGGAUCAACUGGCUAGUUGGUUUGUUAACAAUGACAUUUAUAGCGAGAAUGUAGUAUGGUUAAUACAGUUACCACGGUUAUACAACAUCUACAAGAAGAUGGGCAUUGUUACCUCUUUCCAAAACAUUUUAGAUAAUGUGUUCAUUCCACUCUUUGAAGUCACAGUGGAUCCAAAUUCACAUCCUCAAUUACAUUUGUUCCUGAAGCAGGUGGUGGGUUUUGACGUUGUAGACGAUGAAAGUAGACCAGAAAGGCGUCCAACAAAACACAUGCCAACACCAUCUGAAUGGACUAAUGAAUUCAAUCCUGCAUAUUCUUAUUAUGCUUAUUACUGCUAUGCAAACUUGUACACUCUUAAUAAGCUUCGUGAGUCAAAAGGAAUGACUACAAUAAAAUUCCGGCCUCACUGUGGAGAGGCAGGUGAUGUUGAACAUUUGGCUGCAGGAUUUCUUGUAUGCCAUAAUAUCUCACAUGGGAUCAAUCUCCGGUACUCUCCAGUUCUGCAAUAUCUGUAUUACCUGGGGCAGGUGGGACUGCUUAUGUCACCCUUGAGCAAUAAUUCUCUUUUCUUAGAUUACAAGAAAAACCCUUUUCCUGUAUUCUUUCAACGCGGGCUAAAUGUCUCGCUUUCAAGCGAUGAUCCUUUGCUAAUUCAUUUGACAAAAGAAGCACUGGUGGAAGAAUAUAGUGUUGCAGCACAGGUAUGGAAGCUCAGUGCUUGUGACCUCUGUGAGAUAGCUAGAAAUUCUGUCUAUCAUUCUGGAUUUUCACAUGUAGCAAAGGCACAUUGGCUUGGUAGCAAGUAUUUCUUGAGAGGCCCUAAAGGAAAUGAUAUACAAAAGACGAACGUUCCCAAUUUGAGGAUUGCCUUUCGAGAGACAACCUGGAAGGAGGAGAUGCAGUAUAUCUAUUCAGGAAAAGCUGAGUUUUCAGAAGAAGUAGAUCCCUGAAACAAAUGGAAUGAUGCUAGUGUUCCUGGGACAUGCUUUAAAUACAAAUAGAGAUCGGAUGCUACUUAUUCUCACCAAUUCAUUUAGCAAUAGAAACGGCAACUUCAGCAGAGACAUGUAGCCAGAGCUUUGAGAGCAGGCAUCUGGCCGAUUUUGUUUUGCAUUGACAUGGCUCUGGCCAGAUCUCUGACUCUUGAAAUUAUUUUUUCUUCUGAUUAGAAAUGUUAGCGAGGAUGAUUAAUGUUUUAAGCUUAUAAUAAUAUUUUGCCUCUGAUUAGAAAUGU